AUAUCAACAUUGCGCAGAUGAGCGCAGUGCGCACUACGUGUACCUGCAAAACCUUGGCACUAGUCGCGUUGUUCCCAUUAGAUUCCCAUCUGCGUGGAGCUUCCGCCUUCCUGCAACUCAAAACAUUCUCAACCGCCAGUUACGAACCAAAACUCCGCCGCGCCUUCACCCGCCGCCCAACUCACCUCGACAAAUCCGCCUUCUUAAUAUCCAUGGCUGACUCCAAUUCCAGCUCGGUGAAUCCAAUUUAUGCCGAGAUUAUUGUGGUGCGCCAUGGAGAAACUGAGUGGAAUGCUGAUGGAAGAAUUCAGGGGCAUCUGGAUGUUGAACUAAAUGACGUUGGGAGACAGCAAGCAGCCUCAGUGGCUGGUCGACUAUCCCAUGAGCCCAAAAUAUCUGCAAUAUAUUCUUCUGAUUUGAAGCGAGCUUCUGAGACAGCAGAGAUAAUUGCAGCUCGCUGUGGUGAGCUAGAGGUUAUUAAGGAUCCAGAGUUGCGGGAGAGACAUUUAGGAGAUCUUCAAGGCCUUGUAUUACGUGAAGCAGCCAAUGUUAGCCCCAAGGCUUAUAAGGCCUUCAUGUCUCACAGGACAAAUGAAGAUAUACCAGGUGGUGGAGAAAGCUUAGACAAACUCUAUGAUCGCUGUACAGCAGUGUUGCAGAGAAUUGGUAGGAAGCAUGUAGGAGAACAAGUAGUCGUGGUCACUCACGGGGGUGUCGUUAGAGCACUUCGCAAACGAGCUUGCCCAAAUGAGAAAUUGGCCGGGAAGAUACUAAAUACAUCCAUAAACAUUUUUCUCCUCUCUGACGGCGAUGGGUGGAUCAUAAAAUCCUGGGGUGAUGUUAGUCAUCUUGAUCCGACAGGAUAUCUGAAGUCAGGUUUUGGGGGAGACAAAUUAUCUGGUUAAAUUAGGGUUUUACCAUUGUUUCUGAAACUAAUUAUUUAUCAGCAAAGUACUUUCCUUUUCAUUUUUUGCUUCACAUAUCUCUAUAAACUUGUUUGGUACAAAUAUCAUGACACAAAUU